AUGUCUGGGGGACCAAUAGAAAUAGAAGCAAACAUAGCUGAAGAAUCAGAAAGAAUUUUUCAAAUUGAAGAAAUUGAUAUCCCAUUCGAAGAAGAAAUAUUACGAAACCCUUAUACAUUAAAGUCCUGGCUUCGUUAUAUAGAUCACAAGUCUGAACAACCAAUAUCUCAGCAAAUAUGGAUAUAUGAACGUGCUUUAAAAGAACUGCCCGGUUCUUAUAAACUAUGGAAGAAAUAUCUAGACUUGCGGUUAAAACACGUCGAUGGAUUGAAUGCUGUUCGGUAUGAAAAAGAAUAUUUCAAGGUUAAUAAUUGUUUUGAACGAUCAUUGGUGUUGUUACACAAGAUGCCUUGUAUAUGGAUAGAUUAUUGUACUUUUUUAAUGUCGCAAUGCCGAAUCACGAAAACUCGACGAACUUUUGAUCGUGCUCUUAAAGCUUUACCAAUCACUCAACAUCCUAGAAUAUGGGAAAUUUAUUUGAAAUUUGCGCGGGAGGUUGGUGGAGAAACUGCAAUUCGAUUAUAUCGUCGAUAUCUAAAGUUGGAACCUGACCAUGUUGAAGAGUACAUUGAUCUUUUGCUCUCGUUAAAUCGUUACGAUGAAGCGGCCAAACGUCUGGCACAAGUGCAUCCUGAAGAGAUUAAAAGCUUGAAAGUUGAACCAAUUAUAAGAAGUGGAAUCCGGAGGUUCACCGAUCAGGUUGGCAAAUUGUGGAAUUCUUUGGCUAGCUAUUGGAUAAAGUUGACCCAUCUUGAAAAGGCAAGAGAUGUUUUUGAAGAAGGCAUCGCCACAGUAAUGACAGUUCGUGAUUUUACUCAAAUAUUUGACGCAUAUGCAGAAUUCGAAGAGACUGUUCUCACUCAUAAAAUGGAGGAAGCUGCCGAGCGAGCGGAACAGGGAAAGGAAAACCCAGAAGAAGAUUUAGAUUUAGAGUUACGUCUCGUACGAUUUGAGCAAUUAAUGAAUCGUCGUCCUUUUUUGGUGAAUGAUGUAUUAUUGCGGCAAAAUCCGAAUAAUGUGCAUGAAUGGGAAAAAAGAGUUGAGCUAUGGAAAGACAAUGCUGAAAAAGUUAUUGAAACAUAUACAAAGGCGAUUCUUACAAUCAAUCCUAAAAAAGCAAGUGGCAAGUUUCAUGAAUUGUGGGUGCAUUUUGCGAAGUUUUAUGAGGAUGGAAACGAUUUGGAAUCGGCUCGAACGAUAUUUGAGAAAGGAACAAAAGUUAAUUUCAAAAGUGUGAAUGAUUUGGCCACGCUAUGGUGUGAAUAUGCAGAAAUGGAAUUACGACAUGAAAAUUAUGAUCGUGCCAUAGAAGUUAUGAGCAGAGCUACAGUUCCUCCAUCAAAUCCAAAUGUCAAUUAUCGAGAUGAGAACAUACCUGUUCAGUCGCGUAUUUUCAAGUCUCUCAAGCUAUGGUCAUUCUAUGUUGAUCUCGAGGAAAGUAUUGGCACAGUAGAGUCAACAAGGGCUGUAUACGAUCGGAUACUAGAGCUGAAAAUCGCUACCCCACAAAUUAUCAUUAAUUAUGCCAACUUUUUAGAGGAGAAUAAAUAUUUCGAAGAAAGCUUUAAAGUAUAUGAACGUGGUGUCGAGCUAUUCAACUAUCCAAUUGCAUUUGAAAUUUGGAAUAUUUAUUUGACCAAAUUUAUAAAACGAUACGGAGGAACAAAACUAGAGCGUGCCAGAGAUCUUUUCGAACAAGCCCUUGAAAAGUGUCCCCCUAAACAUGCGAAACCUCUGUACCUUAUGUAUGGAAAACUUGAGGAAGAUUACGGGCUAUCAAGACAUGCCAUGCGAAUUUUCGAUCGUGCGACAAAAGCCGUGGCUGAUGAAGAUCGGUUUGAAAUGUUUAAUUUCUAUAUUGCCAAGGCGAGUGCGAAUUUCGGCGUAACCUACACGCGUGAAAUCUAUGAACGUGCAAUUGAGGUGCUUCCAGAUAAAGAGGCCAAGGACAUGUGUUUGAAAUAUGCAGAGUUGGAACGAAAAUUGGGUGAAAUUGAUCGAGCGAGAUCUUUGUACGCGCAUGCUUCGCAGUUUUGUGAUCCCAGGACGGUGCCUUCGUUCUGGACGAUUUGGCAUGAUUUUGAAGUGAAGCACGGAAAUGAGGAUACAUUUAAAGAAAUGUUACGUAUAAAACGUAGUGUGCAGGCUCAAUAUAAUACUGAGGUCAAUUUCAUAUCUGCACAAAUUCUGGCAACUCGACAACAAGUACAACCUCCAGUUACUGGUGUUGCUCAAGCAUCAGAGACUGCUACUGCUUUAGCAACUACUGAUGGCACGACUCCAACAAAUCCUAUGCAAGUUGCCGAGCAAGAAGCAUUAAAACAAACCGCGUCAGCAUCAACAAGUGGGCCCAGAACUUUGACAUUUGUCCCGUCUACGUCCCAUCAAGACAAGAAAGAUGUAUCAGCUUCUCAAGUUCCCUCAAACCCUAAUGAAAUCAAUAUGGAUGAUGAUAAUUUCUAG